CGGUUGACUCGGGCUGUUAGUUCGGGAUCAGUCUGUGUUAUUCCCGCUCCGGGGCUCCGAUAUCUCCGCAUACAGGGGUGUAAAGAUGUGGCCCCUGCUGCUCAUUGUGGGGGUGUCCGGGGUGUAUUGUGGUCACUCUCUCCAGUAUUAUUACACCACGGUCUCGGCUCCGGGACACGGGCUGCCGGAGUUCUCUAUACUCGGGUAUGUGGACGGGAUCCAGAUACUGAAUUAUAACAGCGACCGCGGCCGGGCUGUUUCUGACGCUCGGUGGAUGGAGAAAGAGGGACCGGAAUACUGUGAGAGACAGACACUGAUCGGCAAAAGCAAAGAGGCUAUAGCUAGAAGAUAUGUGACGACAGCAAUGAGCCGCUUCAACCACACCGGAGGUGAGACCCAGCACUGUUUCCAUUCCUACCAGGAGAUUUUUGGCUGUGAGCUGAGGGAUGACGGCAGCACCGGGGGGUACGAUCAGGACGGAUAUGACGGGGAGGAUUUCCUCGUCCUGGACACCGAGCGGUGGGUUUAUGUUCCGGCCGUUGCUGAGGCGGUGAUCUCCGCACAGAGAUCGAACAGUCCGGAGGAGCGAGAGAGAAUUAAGAAUCUCCUGGAGAUCGCGUGUAUAGAAGACCUGAAGAAAUUCAUCGAGAACGGACGGGAGGAGCUGGAGCGGAGAGUUGCCCCGGAGGUGAAGGUUUCAGCCCAGACUUCAGAGGGGGCCACAAAGCUUCACUGCCAGGUGUACGGGUUUUACCCCCGCGAUGUGGACGUGAAUUGGAAGAGGAACGAGAUAGAUAUUCCCUCGGAUGAGGCCAAACAGGUUCUCCCCAAUACCGACGGCACUUACCAGAUCAGGGUCACCGUGGAAGUGACUCCAAAAGAGGGGGACAGUUACUCCUGCCACGUGGACCACGGCAGCCUGGAAGAGCCACGCAUUGUGAUGUGGGAUCCGAGGAAGGGCGGAAGCAGCAGCGCCGUGUACAUCGUCAUUGGAGUCGUUGCAGGGAUCGCUGUCGCUGCUGCUGUUGGGUUUAUAUUAUGGAAGAGGAGAGGCACACGUCCCGUUUACACCCCGACUGGCACGUCAGAUGGGACUCCAGCCGCAUCCACGACGUAAAUCUCCGCAAACAGAAGGGAUCCGUACCGGGAAUUCCGUGUAGGAGACAGGAGAAAAUCCCCCGCCUGGUGCCGGCCCCUGCGUCCACUUCUUAUAACUCACAGAAAUCAAUAGCUUUUAUGGGAAAUCAAUAGCCUUUUUUUUAUAGAAAUCAAAAGCUUUUAUAGGAAUUGCUUAAAGUCGUAUAAUCUGCUUUAUACUUGCAAAUAUACUCAUAUAAAUACCUGGGAACUCUCCGGGUCAACACCUGAAUCCUCCGGGUCGCGGGGUCUUGACAUGGCCCACCCGUUUCCCCUUUAAAUAGGGAUAUUUCCCAUGAUGUCAGUGGGCAGUGUUGGCCGCGUCCCUCUAGAGUAGGCUCUGGGUAGCCGGAGCCCAGAAGUUCCCAGGUUUGUUCAUAUACAGUAAGUUUUAGUGGGUGAUUCACUGCUUUGCUACAAUAAGGUACUCGGUAAUAUUGUUUGAUCAUUUUAAUUGUUUUGCGAAUUCCAAAUCAUAGAAAGUUUGUUGCCGUUUGGGCCUCGUUAUCUAUAAAUAAGGGUAAAAUAUGGGGGUCUCGCACUGUAAUAAUCUCCUUUUGAUGAGAGAUAUGUAAAUGAGGACAAACUCAGUGAAUAUUUUGGAUCAGUCGUUACGGAGGAAGAAGAAGGGAAGGAACCUCAGACAGAAAGCACUGAGACGCGUAAAACAUGGAGGAUUCCGGGGUUCUGGCGACUGCAGACCAGUAAGCCUUACAUCAGCAGAGGAGAAAUGAAUGGAAACCGGGAUUGUUCAAAAUCUGAAUGUAAAUGGAUUGAAAGCUCAGAAACCGGUUGGACCCUCAUAGAAAACUCAUAAAUAAACUGCAGGGUUUGGUGUUAAAAUCGCUUUCUGACAAGAGACAGCUUGUAGUUGAUGGCGAUUGUUCAGAGGAGGCCCUUCUUACUAGCGGGGGACCUCAGGGACCUAUUUUUUUUUUUAAUAAAAAACAUUACAGGUGGUCUCGAAGAUAAGGCGCGUCUUUUCAACAAUACAGAGGUCUGUAAGCCAUUGGCUGAUGGUAAACGGGAUCUGUGAUCAACAGACGAGAUGGGGUUUGGAAAUAAUUAUUUUAAGAGUUUAAGGAUUGGGGGGGUGACAAAUUGAUUAUUUUUGUGAUGUUUAGAUCUGUUUAUAACGCAAUAAAAUGAUUACAAUAAAAUAUAUAUAAAAGUU